GCUCCGUUGGUUACUGCUGCCCGCGAGCUCCUCAGUUCUUUUCUUCAUUACCCAGUGCUUCUGGGUAGCGAAGAUGCUGCUGAGGACAUCGGCGUUGAAGUAGUGCUUCCUCAGGCUUUGAAGAACGAGCAGAGGAUGUAAUAUUUUUACGUUCCGUGCUGCCAAACAGGUGUCAUUAUCUGCGUGAGUAAGCUGUGCUGUACGCGGGGAGGGAGCGUUCAUCUGCUUGCCUUGGAGAAGGGAGGCUUUCGGGAGCAGAACUGCAAGGACGUGUCCGGAGCCUCGGUGAUCGUCAUUGUGCUGCCACCUGGUGCAGCCGCUCUCAUAGCUGGGCUGGCUGUGCUACGUCUGCCUUGGGAUGGAAAGGGAAGUUAGGAGCAGCUCUGUCUGGAUGCAUCGAGGGAUGGUGUGCCAGAUAUGAGAAAUGAGUGUUGGACGCAGAAGAUUAAAGCUGCUGGGAAUUCUGAUGAUGGUAAACUUUUUUAUCUAUGUGAUUGUGGAAGUCUCAAAAAGUGGCAGCCAAGAAAAGAAUGCAGAAGACCGUGUUAUUAUACCACAGGACAAAUUCUGGAGAAAAUUUACCCCUCACAAAGCCUAUUGGAACAGGCAGCAACAGAAGCUUGAACUGCUGUACAACCCAAUUCUGAGUCUGCUUUCCAAUAUGACUGUGGAAGAGAACUUAAUUUUGAACUCAAGUGUUCUCAGUUCCUGCGACCCCGACCCGUGGGUCGCUUCAGAGAUCAGCGACUUCGCGAGUUUGCCAGAAAGGUUCAAAGACUUCCUCCUCUAUUUGAGGUGUAGAAAUUACUCGUUAAUAAUGGAUCAGCCAAACAAGUGCAAACAUAAACCUUUUCUGCUGCUGGCUAUUAAGUCACUUAUACCACAUUUUGAUAGAAGGCAAGCAAUUAGGGAAUCCUGGGGCAAGGAAAUAAAAUCGGGAGAUAUAACGGUCAAAAGAGUCUUCUUACUUGGUCAGACCCCACCGGAGGAUCAUUUUCCCAACCUUACAGACAUGGUAAAAUUUGAGAGCGAAACUCACAAAGACAUUCUCCUCUGGAACUACAGAGACACUUUCUUCAAUUUAACUCUGAAAGAGGUACUGUUUCUGAAGUGGGUGAGCAGCAGUUGUGCGGAUGUCCAGUUUAUUUUUAAGGGCGAUGACGAUGUAUUUGUGAAUACCCAUCAGAUCCUGGAUUACUUGAAGAGUUUAUCAAAGGACAAAGCCAAAGACUUGUUUGUAGGUGAUGUGAUCAAAGAUGCUGGACCUCAUAGAGAAAAAAAAUUGAAGUACUACAUCCCAGAAAGUGUUUAUGAAGGUUCGUAUCCUCCGUAUGCAGGAGGUGGUGGGUUUCUGUACUCUGGUGACCUGGCAUUGAGACUGAAUAAUGCAUCUGACCAGGUACUCCUGUAUCCUAUUGAUGAUGUGUAUACUGGAAUGUGCCUUCAGAAGCUUGGGCUUGCUCCAGAAAAACACAAAGGUUUCAAAACAUUUGAUAUUGAAGAGAAAUACAGAAAUAACAUAUGUUCCUACACAAAUUUAAUGUUAGUGCAUAGUAGAAAUCCUCAAGAAAUGAUUAAGAUUUGGACAAGCUUGCAAGAUCCACACUUAAAUUGCUAGAGCAAUGUGCAUAAAUACUUUAUGUCCAAAUAACUUUCCAAGUUUAAAUCUGGCUUUCUUGGUGAGCCACUGGAGCUCUGUUUAAUUGUUCUAUUCAAAUUUUCUCAAGAAACUUUCUUCACAUACGUCUGAAAAGUGGCAGUAGUCAUACUGAGAGGAUGGCACAAAGACUUGGUCCUGUUUUUCCACUGUCCUGGUGGUCAUUAUGUUUCAGUAGCAGUCUAAACAUUAAAGAGGACUGGAAGUAACUAGCUGUCAGCUACUGAUGCCUGCUGCAGAGCAUCUUUCAUUAAUUGCGAUGGUAACAGGUGCGUUCUUUUUCCUUGAGUCGUGUUUGUGUGUGGAGACCACUGUACAUUUGAAACUCACAAAUUGGAGGAGUACUGUUUUACUCUAUAAAACAUUUUUAUGGAACUUCAAUUAUUGAUAUAUAUUUUUUUUUAAUUUGUAGUUUCCAGUCUUUAUGCACCCUGGACAAGUAUCUUCUCCUUUACAUGCAGUCUUUUGUGCAAAGUAUGCCUGUGUCUGAAGGAUUUACCCUUUUAUUAGGUGUGUUGUUUGUUUUGUUUUGUUUUUUAAUAAAAGAAGACAUAAUAUGGUUUCAAACACCCCAUGAAAGAUCUGAAUAUGUAAGGGAAAGAAGGAACAAGUUCUGUUUGUGCCUGGUACAGCUCUGCUGCUGCCUACCCUGAGCUUACACACACGGUAAUGCUGACGUUGUUACUCGCAGUAUCUCUGUGAAAGCUACUCUGGUUCAUCCUUGUUCUCUGCUUGGGCACUAAAAGUGAUCAGGUAGCUGAUUAACAGUAACCAAAAUUGCACAUUGCUUCUAAGAGCAUGGUUUGGAUCUCCUGUAAAGCGGUAGCAAGUGUAGGAUUGUGCAGUUCCUAACAGGUUUGAAUUUUGAAAUAAAAUUUGAAGUUGCAUGAUGUCUCAUGUAGAGUUAAACAUGUUCUCAAAUCUCAGAUUUUCUUCUGUAUUUCCACAUCUUGCUUAUGAGAGCUAUUCUAAGUAGUAUUGCUUCCUUUGUAUAUGUAGAAGUGCCUGUCUAUUUAUUGUUCAGAUGGAAGACCAAAACAUUUUCUUAAAUAUAUUUUGUGUAACAUUUUAUUUGUAUAGUGUUGUCACUCAGAUAUUUAAAUAGAGCAUGAUAUUUUAAACCUGUGAGAUGUGUAAUGUUAAAUAAAGCUAAUUGUUAUUUUUGAAUUUGAAAAAUAAAAUGUGAUUUAAAUA